AUUGAAAUUCGUGUCGUAUAUUUAGUUGUAUUUAUGACAGUUGUUGCGAUUCGAUUAUUGUCGACUACAAUAUAAUUUUAAUUUACCGCGAAAACGACUCUGUCAAAUGUCAGUAAAAUUGUUAAAUUAUCCAAUUACAAUGAAAAUACUGUUUAGCACGUUAACCGUUUUUGUUUUUACUUAUGAUAUUACAUUGGCAAGCGACCCAGUUGACGUUUUAAAUGAUGAAUUUGAUAAUUACAUAGAAGAUAAUUUGUACGACUUUGACUUUGGUUACGAGAACUUCGCACAUUACGAAACAUCGAAACAUGUAUUCUACUGGCUUUACACGAGAAAUAAUAGCGAUGGUCAACUUUUAAACAGAAGUGAGCCACACAUGAUCGAGUCAACGACGUACGAUCCAAGCAAUCCAAUUAAAGUAUUAGUGCAUGGUUGGCUUGGCACUACUCAAGAAAAAUCGGGCAUUUGUUCUUACAAUGUAAAAUCGUAUUUAGAAGUGGGCGAAUACAAUGUGAUCUGCGUGGAUUGGAAACAAUAUUCGACUGAUAUAUCAUACGCGGUCGCGAAGGCGAGAAGCAAAUACAUUGCUCUGGAUAUUGUUAAGAUGUUGUUGAAGAUUACGUACAAUAUGACGGAAGGCUGCUAUGAAACUAUUCACGUGAUAGGACACAGUAUGGGAGCACACAUUGCCGGACAUGUCGGAAAAAAUUUGCCCGGCCUUUAUCGGAUCUCAGGUCUAGAUCCAGCAAAACCGAUGUACGAGAAAAGUGGACCAGAUGACAGGCUAGAUAUGACUGACGCGAAAUUUGUUGAUGUAAUGCAUACUAACGCUGGUCAAAAUGGACUUGACAAAUCUAUCGGUCAUAUGGAUUUCUACCCAAAUGGAGGAUCAAAGCAACCCAAUUGCAGUGAUAGUUCAAACAAACAUGGUUCGUGUAGUCACGUAAGAUCCUAUCAUUACUUCGCACACUCCAUAUGGUCCAGAUACGAUUAUAUAGCAUACAGGUGUCCUAGUUGGGACGACUUUGAAGCGAAUCUGUGUACCAAUGCCAGCGUAAAUCUGAUGGGCGAAUGGGUAAACAAAGACGGGGAACACGGAGAUUAUUAUUUAGAUGCGUGCGUCCAAGAUUAAUAGACACAGGGCGACGUACAACUCUGUUUCUUUAUUGGACAAUUUUUGUAUUAUUAUUAAAAAUUAUAAGUGUCAGUGAUAUA